UUUCAUUUUUAGGGCUGUCUCUGUUCCACUCAAAAUUUUUUUUUUUUUAUAACUUUCCCUUUCUUCAGAUCUCUCUCCUCUCUCUCUUUCUUUCUUAUCUUCUUUCAUAAAAUAUUUCUCUCUCUUCCUUCUCUUUCCUCAAUCUCUCUCAGAAUUCUCUCUCCUCUCUCUUCAGCAAGGCAAAAAAUUCCCUAAAAGAGCCCCGUUCGUUUAACCCAAUCCUCAUAUCUUUGAAAUGGAUGAUGAUGGGUUUCGCAACUGGGGUUACUACGAACCAGCAGCUGCUACAUUCAAAGGUAAUCUCGGUUUGCAGCUAAUGCCAAGCAUUGAUCGGAACACUAAACCGUUUUUAACCGGUCGUGACCCGAAUCUAAUGAUCGGCCAAAACGGACCGUACCACCACCACCCUGAGCCUCCUAUCAACAUGAGCUACAAUUGGAUUAACCAACACAAGGAUAAGUUCUUCAACAUGUUGCCUGUAACAACAACUCCUAAUUACGGAAACAUCCUUCCCGAAACUUCAUCAGCCCCGUCGAUGCGUCAUCAUCAAACCACCGAUGAAUACCCAGGUACACACGAACAAGUAGAAGAGAUUAUUCAGACCAAUAAGAAGAGAAAGCCUAAUACUAAACCUGGCGCCACAACUAAGGCUAAGAAGCCUCGGAAACCGAAGGAGGAGAGUGACAAGAGCAUUAAAGUGAAACCGGCAAAGAAAAGUGUAGACUUCGUUAUUAACGGAGUGAACAUGGACAUUUCGGGUUUACCUGUACCGGUCUGCACUUGCACUGGAGCUCCUCAGCAGUGUUACCGGUGGGGCUGUGGAGGUUGGCAAUCUGCGUGUUGCACCACAAACAUAUCCAUGCAUCCGUUACCGAUGAGUACUAAGCGUCGUGGAGCGAGGAUCUCGGGUAGGAAGAUGAGUCAAGGCGCGUUUAAGAAGGUUCUUGAGAAACUCGCUUCUGAUGGGUUUAACUUUGGGAAUCCGAUUGAUCUUAAGAGCCAUUGGGCUAGACAUGGGACUAACAAGUUUGUCACGAUCAGAUGAUUUAGUUUAUUAGUAAAAAGAAGGAAAAAAGGAGAGAUCUCUUCCGGGACUGUCAGUGAUCGUGUAUAUGCUAGACCAAAUCUGAUGUCUAUGACCUGUUGAGUUCUGUCUACAAUCUGAGUUUGAUUCUGGUUUCAGGUAACCACCAUUUGCUGGAGUCUGUUUGUUUGUUUGUUUGUCUGAGGGAAGAAGGUGACUUAGAAAAUGAAGUUUGAUUUUUCCCUCCUUUUGUUAUCGUUAUAAACAUUUUACUGACUUGUAAGUUGUAACAGAUAUUCUUUUAAUUAAAUGUUUCUAUUUCUCAGAUUA